AGUCAUUGAAACCAAGUAGUUCCGAACAAUUUUGUGUUCGCGACAGUUUUCCCAGCAUCAUGCCGAACUUCACCGUGGACCAGAUGCGACAGAUCAUGGACAAGACGGAUAACAUCCGCUCCAUGAGUGUCAUUGCGCAUGUGGAUCACGGCAAGUCCACUUUGACCGACUCUUUGAUUUGCAAGGCAGGAAUUAUCUCGGCAAAAACCGCAGGCGAUGCGCGCUUCACAGACACACGAGCUGAUGAACAAGAGCGAGGCGUCACCAUUAAGAGUACAGGAGUGUCCCUGUACUUCGAACACGACGAGGAGGACGGCAAGGGAGCUAUUCCUCACUUGAUCAACUUGAUUGACUCCCCAGGUCACGUGGACUUCUCCUCGGAAGUGACUGCAGCUCUUCGAAUCACCGAUGGCGCAAUGGUGGUGGUUGAUUGCAUUGAGGGCUGCGCUGUCCAGACUGAGACGGUCUUGCGCCAAGCUCUUCAGGAGCGUGUGAGGCCCUGCCUGUUUGUGAACAAGGUGGACCGCUGCAUUUUGGAGUUGCAGAUGGAAGCAGAGGACAUGUAUUCUCGUUUCCGCAAUGCCAUUGAGAAUGUGAACGUGAUUAUUGCCACCUACAAUGAUUCUUUGAUGGGUGAUGUGCAGGUGCAGCCUGAGAAGGGUACUGUCGCAUUUGGCAGCGGUUUGCAUGGAUGGGGCUUCACCACUGAGCGAUUUGCCAAGAUCUAUGCGCAGAAGAUGGGUGUUGAGAAGGAAAAGAUGAUGCAGCGCAUGUGGGGUGACUCCUUCUUCAAUGCCAAGAAGAAGGUCUGGACCAAUGUGCAGCAACCAGAGGGCUGCACUGAGCCUUUGCAGCGUGCCUUCUGCCAGUUUAUCAUGGGCCCAAUCAAUCAGCUUAUGCGUGCCAUCAUGAAUGAUGACAAGGAGAAGUAUGAGAAGAUGAUGGGCACCUUGGGCAUUGUCUUGAAGGGUGAUGAGAAAGCUCUCACUGGAAAGCCCUUGAUGAAGCGAACCAUGCAGAUCUGGAUCAAUGCUGCAGACACCCUGUUGGCCAUGAUCGUGACCAAGCUGCCUUCCCCCCGAACAGCUCAGAAGUACCGAGUGGAGAACUUGUACGAGGGCCCUAUGGAUGAUGCCGCAGCCCAGGGCAUCCGUAGCUGUGAUCCUGCAGGUCCUUUGAUGAUGUAUGUUUCGAAGAUGGUCCCCACUUCUGACAAGGGCAGAUUCUACGCCUUCGGCCGAGUCUUCUCUGGCACCAUUGCAACCGGACAGAAGGUUCGCAUCCAGGGCCCAUACUACAAACCAGGCAGCAAGGAGGACUUGCACGUGAAGAACAUUCAGCGAACCGUCUUGAUGAUGGGUCGUACCACCGAGCAGAUUCAGGAUGUGCCUUGUGGCAACACUGUGGCCCUUGUUGGUGUCGACCAGUACAUCCUGAAGUCAGGAACCAUUACCACGCUCGAGGAUGCCCACAACAUCGCUGACAUGAAGUACAGUGUGUCCCCUGUUGUGAAGGUUGCAGUGAAGGCCAAGGAUGGCAAGGACCUGCCCAAACUGGUGGAGGGUUUGAAGAAGCUCUCCAAGUCCGAUCCAUUGGUGGUGUGCACUACUGAGGAAAGCGGAGAGCACGUGAUUGCCGGAUGCGGUGAGCUGCAUGUUGAGAUUUGCUUGAAGGACUUGAAGGAUGAGUAUGCCCAGUGCGACUUCAUUGUCAGCGAUCCAGUGGUCUCCUACCGCGAGACUGUGGCUGAGGAGUCCAACCAGACAUGCUUGGCCAAGUCCCCCAACAAGCACAACCGCAUCUACCUGAAGGCGGAACCAAUGGAUGAAGAGCUCAGCAAGGCCAUCGAAGAUGGCGCUGUUGGGCCCAAGGCGGACCCCAAGGAGAGAGCCAAGAUUUUGUGCGACAAGUUUGACUGGGACAAGAGUGUGGCUCAGACCAAGAUUUGGUGCUAUGGUCCUGAGACUGACGGCGCCAACCUUGUGGUGGAUGCUACUGUUGGUGUGCAGUACCUGAUUGAGAUCAAGGAGCACGUGAACAGUGCCUUCCAGUGGGCCACCAAGGAAGGACCUCUUUGCGAAGAGAACAUGCGAGGCAUCCGCUUCAACCUGAUGGAUGUGACCUUGCACACAGAUGCCAUCCACCGUGGUGCUGGGCAGAUCAUGCCUCCAACUCGUCGAUGCUGCUUCGCUGCAGAGCUCACGGCCAAGCCUACUCUGCAGGAGCCUGUCUUCUUGGUGGAAAUCACAUGCCCCCAGGAGGCCAUGAGCGGAGUCUACAACUGCAUGAACUUGCGCCGUGGCUGUGUCUUUGAGGAGAAUCAGAGAGAGGGCACACCUUUGGUUCAGGUGAAGGCACACUUGCCUGUGUCAGAGUCCUUCGGCUUCGUGGCAGCUCUGCGUCAGGCUACCAGUGGACAGGCCUUCCCACAGUGUGUCUUUGAUCACUGGGAGAAUCUGCCAGGAAAUCCUAUGGAGAAGGGCAGCAAGAUGGAGGAGCUGAUCUUGGGCAUCCGAAAGCGCAAGAACCUGAAGGUGGAGAUGCCAGCUCUCGGUGACUACUUGGACAAGCUCUGAGUUGCGAUUCCUUAGCUGAGACGAUUUGGUUUCAGAGGACAGCGCAGAAUGGGCACAUGUCAAGGGCUGGGCCCAGCUGAAAAAA